AUGACUGGUGUGAUGUCCAACAUUGGGGCAUAUAGUGAUUUUGAAUAUAUUCCAUUAUAUAUGUAAAGUAUGACAUUAUUAAUGUAUACAAUUGAUGUACUUAGAUUGCACGUGCCAGAAACACAUUGAUGAUAAGUGUAAUCUGCCUUUCCAGAAAAAUACUUAGACAAUCAGAUGACUGAUAGUAACCCCACCGUAUGGUGGUAACAUUAGGUAAACCCCGUAACCCACACAUGUACAUGUAGGUAUGUUUGUCUGUUUGCUCAAAAAAUCUCCCCCUCCUCUUCCCUCUUUGUUUCUGACCCUUGAACGUGCUCCUCCAGUUGGAUUGUGAGGGGCUGAGGUCCAUGUCCAAGACAGCACACACAUCUGAUCAGGGACCUAUAAAAGCUGCCUGGCCCUAUGCUUCGGCCUCCCUCACUCAAAGAGCAGCAUCCCCAACCCAGGUAAGAGACAACUAGCCUCACUCAGAGGGAGGUAUGGGGCUUAUGGGAAGAGCAUGGGAGACAGCCAUCAUAGGAGAACAGGAGUAGAAGAUGAGGAAUUGAAGGACCAAUAUUAUACAGAUGAAAUUUGCAGAAAGACAUCAGAUAUUAUUUUUGAACUUAGGUGCUUGGAAAGAACUGUAAGAAUGAAGUGUUUGCAAUUUUAAAUAUGGAUAAUAUGCAUUAAAAGUAACUUGCUUUUUGUACUCUGAAGUUUGAGUUUGAAUGUUUGGUGGAGUUAAAAUGUUUUUGGUUGUGUGAAACAUUGAAUGUUAAGUUGUUACUUCUCACUUUUUUUUUUUUUUAUCUACUCCUCCCCUUCUCUCUCGUUGUCAGCCCUUCACCAUGAAGUUUGUCGCUCUUGCACUGACUCUCUUGUUGGCAGUAGGUCAGUAUGAGCUCUAAUGUUAUAUAACAUAGUACAGUAUUUUGUGUGGAGGCCUGAGCACUAUAGCUAAAGCCUGGGUCUCUCCUGUGGUUGUUCGCCCACCAGGCUCCCAGGCCUUGCAGAAUGACGCCCCCUCCCAAAUGGAACACAUCAAGGCUGCCACCAUAGAGUACCUCACUCAGUUGAAGGAGACCGCCCAGAAGACCCUGGACCACCUCGAUGGAACUGAAUACGCUGAGUACAAGUAAAAGAAAAACAUAGCUCCACCUGUUAACUUCCACCAGAUUAUUCUGCCUUAAUUUUCCCUUCCCAACAACCCCUCAUCCUUCUUUCCAUCAUAGCAAUGCAUUCCACUGGUCUCUCCUUCAUUUCAACCUCCACCUCUCUGUACCCCCCUCUCCUCAUCUACCACCAGGAUGAAGCUGUCCGAGAGCUUCGACAAGCUGCACGAGUAUGCCCAGACCGCUUCCCAGACUCUGACCCCCUACGGUGAUGCCUUCAGCGCCCAGUUCCUGGAGGCCACCAAGCAGGUACGUGAGAAGUUGAUGGCUGAUGUUGAGGACCUCCGCACCCAGCUGGAGCCCAAGCGUGAGGAGCUGCAGCAGGUCCUCCAAAAGCAUGUUGAGGUGUACCGCGAGAAGCUGGAGCCCGUCUUCAAGGAGUACGUCUUCAAGAACCGUGAGGAGAUGGACACCCUGAGGACCAAGCUGCAGCAACUGGUCGAUGAGAUGCGCGCCAAGUUUGAGGUCAACGUUGAGGAGACCAAGUCCAAGCUGCUCCCCAUGGUUGAGGUAGUCCGCACCAAGCUGACCAAUCAUCUGGAGGAGCUGAGGAAUCUGGCCACCCCCUAUGCUGAGGAGUACAAGGAUCAGCUUGUGAAGUCCAUCGGUGAGGUGAGGGAGAAGGUGUCCCCACACACUGCUGACCUCCAGAGCAAGCUGGAGCCCUACUUCGAGGACCUGAAGAGCAGGUUCAUGGCCUUCUACGAUACUGUCUCCACCGCCAUGAAGGCAUAA